AUGGAUAAAGAAACGCUCAAGUUAUUCACUAGAGAGCUUACAAGUCUUUAUAAUUCUAACCAUCCUAAUAUUAUUAAACUUUACGGUGUUUCAAUUAACCCAGAAUCAAAACAAUUCUCAUUAAUAUUACAAAUCGCCGACAGUACAUUACGUGAUCAUUUAAAAAGCAAACGUAACGAAGGUACUCCUUCAGGUUAUAUUGAUCUUUUCAGUAGAUGCUGGUCCUCUGCUCCAGAAGAUCGUCCUGAAUUAGAUAUUAUUUUAAGUCAACUCGAAAGGCUAUCAACUGAACCCAUCAAAGUAAUAACAAAUCGUAUUGUAAUGCGUGAUAAAAUCGAUGUUAAUCAAGAUGAUUCUAUUGACAAUUCAUCUGCGAAUGAAAUUUAA